AUGUCUUCAUCGACAGAGCUUCUGAACCGCCUCCUCCCCCGACAUCUCUUCCACAUAGAGCCCAAAAAUAGGGCCUUCCCUGUUCUCGAGCUUCAGGUCUCUGUUUUCACUGGCGGAGGGGUCGCGCUGGGCUGGGCGUGCUCCCACAAGCUGGCCGACGCCGCCACGAUGCGAUCCUUCCUGAAAACCUUCUGCGUUGUGUCCUGCGGCGAUCCGAAUGGCGUCUCGAGAAUAGAGGUGCUGUCGUGCCUGAUAUGGAAAUGCAGCAUGGCUGCGUCGAGAGCGCUCUCCGGUUCCCGGAGGACUUCAAUCAUGGUGGAGGCCGUGAAUCUCCAGGACGCAACAGACCCUCCCCUGCCGGACAGUUUGAUGGAGAACGUGUUUAGGUGGGCGACGGCGCCGGCGGACGAAUCGAGCGUGGAGCUGCAGACCCAGAGGAACGAGGCGAUCGGGCUCUACAAGGGCGACUAUGCGAGGUCGUUGCAGGUGGAGGAAGGGUUCGAG